AUGAGCCUGCCGCGGGCGGGUGAGGAGUCGCCGCCGCCGCCGCCGCCGGCCUGGCUGCCGAGCCACGUGCAGGUGGCGGUGGUGCAGGCGCGGGGGCUGCGGGCCAAGGGGGGCCCGGGCGACGCCGCCUUCGUGGCGCUGCAGCUGGGCCGGCAGAAGCACCGCACCGCCGUGGCCGCGCACCGGAGCGGCUGCCCGCGCUGGGCCGAGGAGUGCGCGCUGGAGCUGCCGCCGCCCGACCCGCGCCCGGCCCCGCCGCCCGGCCCGGACCCGCAGCUGCUGCAGCUGGUGGUCUGGCAGCGCGCGCUGGUGGGCCCCGACCGCUUCCUGGGCCGCGCCGCCCUCCCGCUGGCCGCGCUGCUGCAGGACGGCCGCGCCCACCCGGACCGGUGGUACAAGCUCCACUCCAAGCCGGGCAAGAAGGAGAAGGAGCGGGGCGAGAUCCAGCUGAGCCUGCAGUUCACGCGCCCCACCCUGACGGCCAGCAUGUUCGACCUGUCUGUCAAGGAGAAGCCGCGCUCGCCCUUCCGGCGGCUGAAGGACAAGAUGACGGGCAAGCACCGCUACGACCUGGACUCCUCCUCCGCCAUUGUGCCCAGCAGCAGCGGGGCCCUGGACGAGGACCUGCGCCCGGGGCCCCCCAAGGAGAAGGCCCGGGGGGGCUUCUUCUUCAGGGGCCAGCUGCACCGCUCCUCCCUGACCGGCUCCAGCACCUCCCUGGGCUCCGCCAGCACCCUCUCCUCUGCCAGCAGCCUGGGGGGCCUGGGCAGCGCCGAGGGGGGCCCCUCGCCCAGCCGGCACAGCAGCCUCUCCACCGACCCUGCCGGAAGAGACUUUCUGCCCUCCCCACAGCUGACCCACAAGAGGGCCUUCAGCGAUGAGGUGGGCCAGAUCAACCUGCUGCCAGAAGCCCUGCAGGGCCUGAGGCCCCCCAAGGACCCCCCCUCCUCCGGGUCCUCGCUCUGCAUCAACGGGAGCCACAUUUACUGCGAGGAGCCCUCCCCCAAGCCCUCCUUCCUCUCGCUGGCCCCCCUUCCUCCCGCCCAGAGCGAUCCCGGCAAGCAGGGGAGGGGCUCCUCGGGGGCCAGACCGCCUGCUGUUGAACCGGACCUGCCGCCCUGGCCUGCCAGCAAUUUCCAGAAAGGACCCCCGAAAGACCUCCCCCGGUUCAUCCCGUCACCCCCCAUUUUGGCGGCGCAGGAGGAAGACAAGCUCUCGGUGAAGACCAUCGCCCUGAACAAGCAGCGGGUCCGAGCCAGGAGGGAGGAGGGCCUGCAGGCCGAGAGCCAGCCCGUUCCCAUGGCUGCCCCCCUGGCCUUCCCCCCGGAGGUCAGGAGGGUGAGGCCUCAGGACGAGAGGGACCAUCGUGGGGACGGCAGGGGCCACGGACAGAGCCCCAAGCCCGGGUCGAGUCUGGAGGCCGCAGCUGGAGGGAAAGAGGAACCCCGGAGCGGCCAGACCAACCGGCAAGAUCCCAGAGAGCCGGUUCGAAAGCCCAGUUCCCAGCCUGGCCUGCCUGCCACUCCAGAGCUCGCCAAGGACCCCUGGGUGGUCUCUGAGGCUCAGGGCCUCCCUCCCUCCAGCCAAGCCGGAGAAGCACAGCCCGAGCCCCUCACCCCACCUGCCAGCCACCUUCAGCCACCGCUGCCUGCUGAUGCCGCUGCCGCCGCUCCUGCGCACCCACCCGUGGAAGGGGACGACGGCUUUGAUGCCUUUGCUGCCAGCCGCCUUCAGCCAGCCGCGCCUGGGCCCGCACCCCCUCCCACCACGGGGCCCCCGGGCCCAGCAGGGGGGGCAGCCGGUCUCCUCCCACAGCAGGAGGAAGGCCCCCCCAGCCCCGACAGGGUCUCACGGGAGGCUCCGGACUGGCUGAGCUUCCCCUUUGGGGACAGAGGCCGGGCCUGGAGUGGGUCUGGGGAGGCCUUGCUAGCGAGGGGGGCCUUCGGGGAGGGAGCGAACUCUGCCCCCAAAGCAAGGGGGCCCCGAGAGGAGCGGGCCCAAGGGGAAGAUGCCCGUGGCCAGUGUGUGGGGCACCUGGGCUCCUCUGCGCAGACAGGACCUGCUGCCCCAGAUGUGCCCGAAGAAGCGCUCAGCUGGACACCGGAGAGCUGCCCAGACAGCCGGACCAUCCCGUCCUUGGCUGACCCCUCCUCGGAGCAGCUGGACUGGGGCCCAGAGCAGCAGACGUUGCCCCGAGGCCAGCCGACUCCCGACGCUGAAAGCAGCGAGCCCUCUUGGCUGCAGUGGGUCCCCGAGAGGGGAGAGGACGUGGGGGCCGAGGAGGCCGCCCCGAUCAGCCGAGGGCCUGCCCAGGAGGAGCAAAGGGGGCCAGCACAGACUGAGGUGCCGAGGGGGGCAGGGACCCCUCCUCCAAAGCCAGCAAGGAGGGUCACCCCUCUCCAGCUCGCCGAGGAAGCCAGUGGGGCUGGUUGGGGCACGCCGGAGAGUCCACAGCUGGGAAAGGCAGACCUGGAGCCCCACCAGCACCUCCCUCCGGUGGGGGCAGCUGGUUCCCCUCCAGCGGCUGCCGUCUCCCUGGUGCCAGCAGUGAUCAUUGGAGCCGGCGUCUCGGGGGCCCCCGAGGACCUCCCGCUGGCCCUUGCAGAGGGCAAGGCUCAGAGAGAUGAUGAGCGGGGGGCCCAGGAGGCAUCUUCAGGGGACACCAUCUUGGCCGUGAACGAGGGGCCCAGCAAGGAGGCCCUGCCAUUCUCCACCUGCUCCUCCCAGCUCUCCUUGGGCGGUUUAGGCCUCUCGGGGGUCCCUGAAAGUCCCAGGCAGGAUGGGGAGACCGGCUUUGCCCCCUGGGGGCUGGAGGGUGCCUGGCCGACGGAGUUGCCCGGCUCGGCCUCAUUGUGGGGCUCAGAGAGAUUCUCCCGGUCCCCCGAGCCCUCCCAGGAUCCCCCCGAGCCCCCCCAGGGCCCCCCUGAGUCACGGGUUGAGCCCAGCCCAUCUCUGCCGUUCUGGUCCGCUUUGGAAGAGCAGCGGGGGCUGCUUGGAGGGGGCUCCAGCUUCGAAACCCUGUCCGGCCCGGGGCAGAGCGAUGUGGCCCCUGGGCUGGCCCCCUUGCACCCGGAGCACGAGCCGGACCGCCCCUCGGGAGGGCCCCACGACCAAGCCCUGGACUUCCGGAAGGCUUCUUUCUGGCAGGGGGGCCGGGGGCAGCCAGAGAGCGAGCCCGAGGACCCCGCGCUGACCCCAGGCAACCCCUUUGCCCCCUGGGCCGCCCCCUCGCCACAGAAGAACCCCUUCAUGGAGGUGCCUGCUGCAGAGGCCCCCUGGGCUCAGGCUGCCAUCCUUCCGCUCUCCCCCACAGUCGACACCCAGGGCCCCGGGGGGGUUCUUGCAGUGGCCGGCCCUCCCAGGCAGCUCCGUUCUCACAGCUUCUCUGUGGAGCUCCCGGUGGCCCCCAGCUGGCCCGGCCGCCGGCCCUUGGCCUUCUCCACCCCUUACUUCCAGCCCCUCCCAAGCCCCACGGACUGCCAACUCCCUUCUGCCCUGAGGCCCCCGGCCACCGGUGGAGGGGCUGCAGCGGAUGGCCAGAGCGGGGCCCCCCCAUUCCCCUUGCUCUCGCCCCCCAGCACGGACGCCUCGGCCCCUUCAGUCCUGCCCAUGGAGAUGCUGCCGGCUCAAGACGCCCCACGCCAGCAAAUGGCCAGUCCACACCCAGUCAAGCCCAUGAGAAGCACGCCUGCUCCAGAGUCCCCACGCAAGGAGGAGCCCUGCCAGGCUUGCAGUCCGAGCCCCGUCCAGACGACUGGCCAGCAGCGGCUCAAGCCCGAGUCUGCCAUCGGUGGGAGCUCCGCGGCCUCGGUGGUGCAGCUGGAGAAGGCGGAGCCCAAACAGGGGCCCCCCGCCAAGUACCACCACCUGACGCGGGAGGAGCUGCUCCAGCUUCUGCUGCGACGGGAGGCCGAGCUGGGCAAGAAGGAGCAGCAGAUCCAGGAGCUGGAGAGCUACAUCGACCGGCUGCUGGUGCGCAUCAUGGAGCAGUCGCCCACCCUGCUGCAGAUCCCCCUCGGGGAGGGGGCCAAGGCCACCCAGUAG